CUGGCAGCUUGGGAUGCAGCUUGCAAGUCAUCCGGUAAGGUGAAGAUUUUGGUGCCCAGCGGCACAUACCUGCUCAAUCCUGUUAAGUUCAGCGGCCCCUGUCGAGAUGUCCAGACCUUGGAGUUCAUGUUGCAGGCAAGACCUCUUUGAUCUUUAAAGGCUUCAUGUAAUCUUACAAGCGUUGGAGUCAGUAUGCCAAUGUCUUCUCGUGAUCAGAGACAGACAUUUUGCAGGGCACGUUGAAGGCAACGACGGACUUGAACAAGUUCGGGGACGGCGAGGGCUGGGUGCAGUUUGGACGUGUCGACGGGCUGACCGUGACUGGUGGCGGGACCUUCGACGGCCAGGGCGCCGUCACCUGGCCCUACAACAAGUGUCCCAAGGAGAAGAACUGCAAAGUCCUACCAACCGUAAUCGAUCCAUCUCUUUGGCCGUGCAUAUUAUCCCCAUCUAUACUAGCCGAUGUGCGUUCUCAGCUUUCUUCCUGGUGUUCAUGGCGUGUGCGCAGUCGGUGAAGUUCGUGAACACCAACAACACGAUCGUGAAGGACAUCACCUCGCUCAACAGCAAGUUCUUCCACAUGGCGCUGCUGGGCUGCCACAACUUCAAGGGGAGCGGCAUCACCAUCACCGCCCCGGCCACCAGCCCCAACACCGACGGCAUCCACCUGGAGGGCAACUCGGGGGUGACCAUCGCCAGCUCCAAGAUCAGGACCGGAGACGACUGCGUCUCGAUCGGCCACGGCAACUCCUUCGUCACCAUCUCCGGCAUCACCUGCGGCCCUGGCCGUGGCAUCAGUGUCGGAAGCCUGGGGAGGUACAAGGACGAAGAGGAUGUACAGAACAUCGUGGUGAAGGACAGCAAGCUCAUCGGGACGAUGAACGGAGUGCGCGUGAAGACCUGGGCCAACUCGCCGGUCAAAACCAGAGCCAUCAACAUGACCUUUGAGAACCUGGUGAUGAGGAACGUCGGCAAUCCCAUCGUCAUCGACCAGACCUACUGCCCCUACGACAAGUGCGACAACUCGGCGUGGUCCAAGGUGAAGCUUAGCGACAUCCACUUCAGGAACAUAAAGGGGACGACGACGUCACCGGUGGCGGUGACGUUGAAGUGCAGCAAGGGGAUGCCUUGCGAGAAGCUCAGCCUCCACGACGUCAACCUCCAACACGCCGGUCCCGGGAACAUAUCCUCCGCCUGUCUCAACGUCAAGGCAGAGUACAGUGGCACAAACAACCCCCCACCGUGCGAGUAAUACAUAUAGCAUGAAUAACUAAUUUACUAGGCAUAUACAAGUGUUUUGGCAUCCAUCUAGCCAACAAAGUGAGGCAGGGCUACAAGACGGGAUGAUAUGAUGAGAGUUGUAAGACUUAAGAACUUAUGUGUUCCUGUAUGGGAUGAGAUGAAGUGAUGGCUCUUUGAUGUCGCCCUUCACCUACUGUAUUGAUGAAAUUGUUGAUAUAUAUAUUAUUCAUUGCGAUACCGCAAUAUUUUCUCCUCAACAAUGUUGUGCUUUGACCUAUAAGACUGUCGAUGCAGUUUGUGUGACAUAACUUUCCUCA